AUGUUCGCAACCAAGCGUCUGAGCAAGAUGAAGGACCAUGUUCCGCCUGGGAUCGACAUUGUCAAAAGCGACAGUCUUGAAGAAUGGCAGAUGGAUAUCAAGGUCCUGGAUGAAAAUCCACUCUACUUGAAUCAAACAUAUCGUCUGAAGUUUAGCUUCAGCAACAAAUACCCCAUAGAGCCUCCAGAGGUCCAAUUCAUUACAUGUGACGCUUCUACCGGCCAUCCCCGCACGAUCCCUAUGCAUCCCCAUAUCUACAGCAACGGCAUCAUUUGCCUCGACCUCCUCGGAUCAGCCGGCUGGUCCCCAGUUCAGACUGUCGAAAGUGUCUGUAUGAGCCUUCAGAGCAUGCUGACUGCAAACAAUCGUGAUGAACGACCGCCUGGCGAUCAAGAAUUCAUCACUCACAAUCGUCGCCGUAUCCGCGAUAUCAACUUUGUCUAUGAGGAUGACAACGUAUGA